ACGAGAUCAAAUUGUCAAACUUUUGCAUGAAUUUAAACACUAUUUUGCUUGGGAUUACUCAGAAAUGCCAGGUCAGGAUGGAAAACUGGUGGAACAUAAACUGCCAAUUGCAGAAGGAUUCAGACCGUAUAAACAGCCGCCCAGAUGCAUGUCUGCAGAGGUCACUUUGAAGGUGAAAGAAGAAAUUGAGCGACUGGUAAAAGCUGGAUUCAUUCGAACAUGCAGGUACAACCAAAUUUUUAUUGCAGACGCAGACGUUCCAAAAACAGCCUUUCGAUGCCCAGGUGCUGUUGGAACUUUUGAAUGGGUUGUGAUGCCAUUUGGUCUGAAGAAUGCUGGAGCUACCUAUCAAAGAGCCAUGAAUGUAAUUUUUCAUGAUAUGAUUGGUAAGUUCAUGGAAAUCUAUAUUGAUGAUGUUGUGGUGAAGUCACAUAGGGAAGAAGACCACUUGGUCCAUUUGAGGAAGGCUUUUGAGCGGAUGAGGCAACAUGGCUUGAAAAUGAACCCACUAAAGUGUGCUUUUGGAGUGUCUGCGGGUAACUUCCUUGGGUACUUGGUGCAUGAGCGUGGUCUAGAGGUUGACAAGAACAAAGCCAGGGCUGUGAUUGAGGCAAAAUCACCACAAAAUAAGAAGGAGUUGCAGAGAUUUCUUGGCCAAGUUAAUUUCUUAAGAUGUUUCAUUUCUAACUUGGCUGGGAAAACCAGAGUCUUUUCUCCUCUAUUGAAACUCAAGUCUGAGAAGGCUGUCAAAAGGCAGGCACUGAUAGACUUUCUUGCAGAUAAUCCAUGUCUGGACGUGGAAGCAGAUGAAGAAAAAGGGAUUAACUUGUUUUCAGUAAGUUUAGUUCCUUGGAAACUUAUUUUUGAUGGAUCUAGUACAGAAACCAUGUCUGGAGCUGGAGUCGUGGUAAUCUCCUCGUUUGGGCUAAAAACACAGAUGUCUUUCCAGCUAGAUUUUGAUUAUACAAAUAAUCAAGCAGAAUAUGAAGCUUUGAUUAUUGGUCUUGAGAUGUUGGUGGAGCUUAAAGUAUCCAUGGUUGAGGUUAUAAAGGACUCACAACUAGUCUUGAAGCAAUUGUCUGGUGAGUACAAAUGUACUAGCCUUGCUUUAGCCCCUUAUUUUGCCUUGGCUGUGCAAUUACUGGAAGAGUUUGACGAUGUGUCCAUCAGACACGUGCCUAGAGACCAGAACUAUGAAGCUAAUGAAAUGGCCCAGAUUGCUUCAGGUCUGCAAAUUCCUGAAGGUGCUAGAAUCAAGAUGCGCUGGCUGAGUCGCAGACAUGGUUUCUUCUGGCCAUCUGUCUUGAAAGACUGUAUUGCUUAUGCUAAGGGCUGCAAAUCUUGUCAGAUCCAUAGGCCACUUCAAAGAGUUCCAGCCUUUGAACUUAAUUCUAUUGUGAAACUGUGGCCAUUUCGAGGCUGGGCUAUUGACUUGAUUGGUAAGGUGUAUCCCCCUUCAUCAAAAGGUCAUUCAUUUAUUAUAGUGGCAACGGAUUAUUUUACCAAAUGGGUGGAGGCUAAACCAAUGAAGAAGGUAGAUCAAUCUAAUGUAAUCAAGUUCAUCAAAGAGGACAUUAUUCACAGAUUUGGUCUGCCAGAAACAAUUACAACAGACCAAGGCACAGUUUUUGUCAGCCAACAAAUGGAGGCAUUUGCAAAGGAAAUGGGUUUCCGUCUAUUAAAUUCUACUCCUCAUUAUGCACAAGCUAAUGGGCAAGCGGCGGCUUCUAACAAGGUGGUGAUUAAUUUGCUUGAAAAAAUGGUGGAUGACAACCCCAGACGCUGGCAUGAACUGUUGUCUGAAACACUGUGGGCUUAUAGAACUUCACAAAGGACUUCAACCAAGAUGACACCUUUUGCCUUGACAUAUGGCCACGAUGCAGUCUUGCCAAUGGAGUUAACAGUCAAGUCUUUAAGAAUAGCAAUUCAACAUAAUCUCCAGUCUGGGGAAUAUGACGAGGCUAUGAUGCUUGAACUUGAGGACCUUGAAGACACACGUUUGGUAGCUUUGGAUAGAUUGCAAGCUCAAAAGCUCAAAAUUGCAAAGUCUUACAACAAGAGAGUGAAAGGUAAAAAUCUAGUAGUUGGUGACUUAGUCUGGAAAGCAAUUUUACCUCUUGGCAAGAAAGAUCACAGAUUUGGAAAGUGGUCCCCAAAUUGGGAAGGACCAUUCCGAAUUCAUGAAGUGUUGAAAGGGGGUGCUUAUUGGUUAGAGUCACUUGUUGGAGAGCUUCAUCCUAGAAAAAUCAAUGGAAUUUAUCUCAAGCCUUAUUACCCCACAGUCUGGGAGGCAAGAGGAAUGGAGUCCCAACAAGCUGUUUGAGCCAGGUUCACACUUCUUUUUGUGCAUAAUUAAAUUAGGUUUCUUUCA